GGCCAGACGUUUUGAUCCGACAUCCAGGACCCCACUUGUCCAGGAUCCCAGACAACUCAUAUCCGGCCCCACACUCGCCGCAAUGACCCCCAGGAAAAAAAUUGGCCCGUUUGGAGGGGGAGAAGGGGGGGGGAACGUGAUGGAGAAGCUGAAGGACCUGCAGCAGCUGCAGCAGCUGCAGCAGAAAGCUGGAGAAGCUGCAUCACCUGCAACACUGGUCGCAGCAUCCGUUGCUGCAGUCACCACUGCAGCAGCGGUUUGCAGCGGCCGGCGCAACCAGUGCUGCAGCACCAUGUGCAUGCAACCUGCGGCUGCUGCUGCAACAGUCCAUGCUGCAGCACUGCUUGCACCGCCAGCUGCAUGCACUGCUGCUGCAUGGACUGUUGCAGCAGCAGCUGCAGGCACUGCUGCUGCAGUUGUGGCAGCAUCAGCAGUCGAUAGCAACAACACUUACUGGAUCAAUUGUUGCAGCGGCAACGGCAGCGAUUGCAGCUGCAACAGCACAAACAGCUGCUGUUGCAGCAGCUGCAACACUUUUCACAGCCGCGCAGCCGCAGCACUCGUUGCAGCUGCUGUUCCAGCGGCAGCACUUGUCGCAGGUGCAGCACCUGUUGCAGCUGCAACUAGUCCAGCAGUUGCAACAGCAGCGAUCACAGCAGCACUUGCUGCGGCAGGUGCAGCGCGGGUGCAAAGGUGGAUGGCAGACGAGGGCAUACGGGACACGAGAGCGCCCGCGGGUGGCCAAAGACAGCGGAUGGACGACGAAGAGAGGGACGACAUUCAGGACGCCCUCGAUGAGGACGAGGGCCGCGAGGGUGGGGCCAGGGAGGGGGCGGUUGCAGACGAGGCAGACGAGGCAGUCGGAGAGCCUAACCUGCCAGGGGAGGAGGUGGUGAUGACGUCGAGAGGCGUCGGUGGAGCGGGUCCUGCUACUAGGGCGCCGCGAGCUGAGAUGGAGCGCGCGAGGAGGGAGAAGAGGACAGGGGAAGUUGGCGAGUUCACAGACGCGUGGCUUCAGUGGAUCUACGAGAAGAAGUUGCCAUUCAACGCCUUCCGUGGUCCGGAGUUCCAGAGGGUGCAGCAGGCAGCAGAGAGAGUGCCUCGCUCUAUCCAAUUCCGGUUUCCCUCCUAUAGGGUUACAGCGGGCGCCGGUAUCCCUUCGCAGAGGGCGAAGGUGGCGACGAUGGUGAGCGAGGUGCGCGCCACUUUCCGGCACAGCGGUGCCACUAUCCUUUCUGACGGGAGGAAGUCGCGCAGCGGCAAGCCGCUCGUGAACUUCCUCGCUGGGGGCGCCAAUGGCGCCUUGCUGUACGCCACCGUCGCACGAGACGGGUCGGUCCGAGACACAGCGGACGUCGUGUACCGUAGGUGGCGGGCCGUCAUCUUGUCCUUUCCUGCAAAGGACGUGAUCGGCUUCUGCACAAACUCCGCCAGUAACUAUACGGCGGCAGAGCUCAGGUUCGCCACAGACCCCAAGCCUGAGAUCAAGAGGAUCACUUGGCUCCCCUGCUCCACCCAUGUCUGCAACUUGAUGUUGUCAGAUAUCGGGACGCGAGUGGUGUGGGUCAAGGAGACCAUCAUCCGCACUCGAGCGCUUGUGCGAUUUAUUAAAUCGCACGGCGCUGCUCACACCCUAUUUAGGAAGGUGAGCCCUCGCGUUCAGCUCGUCGAGCACGUUGAGACACGGUUUGCAUCGGUUUUCCUGAUGCUGACGUGUCUCAAAGGCCAACGAGACGCGUUGGAGAGCAUGUUGCACAGGGAUGCUUGGGCACGCAUCCCGUGGGAUCGCGCCCACGUAUCUCAGGCGCAGUGGGUGCAGCAGCAGAUCCGGGACGGGGAGUUUUGGCAGCGUGUCCAUUACGCCAUCCUAGUCAUGUCGCCCGUCCACCAGCUACUGCGCAGGAUGGAUAGAGGUGGGAUGAUGAUGUCCGUCGUUUACGAGUGGAGUCAGCAUCUGCUGCAGUUGAUGAGCAGGGUCGACGUGCCGACGGACAUGAUCGAGCCGUGCGUUCGUGAGGUUGCCAUCCGCAACCUCCACAUGCUAGAGCCCGCACAUGCCGCGGCCCACCUCCUCAACCCUCGUCGACGGUCCCUCACGUAUUAUCAUUCGCUGGAGACGACCGCCGACAACCGCCGUGUGGUCGAGGAGUGCGAUAGAUUUCUCCUGGCGCAGACCGGCGGCAAUCCGGUCAGCUUAUCGGGGGACAGUGAGACCGAGCGAUGUGCAGCAUGGUGGUUCGAGCAUGGACGUGCCCACCCGAAGUUGAGCACCAUCGCCAUCCGUGUCAUGCACUUGUGGACGUCUGCCUCUCCAGCGGAGAGGAACUGGGCAGAGCACGAGCGCUGCAAGCUUGGGUUCGCCAAGCUUGCACAUCUGGUUGAGAUUGCCACCAAUCUCAAACUGGCCUCGUGCGCACGGCAGGGUGGUGGCUACGUGUUGCCAUGGGUUAUGGGGACCGGUCGGGGGGGACGGCGGCAGAGGAGGAGGAUGAGGAGGGAGAUGUGGAGCCCGAGGUGUGGGGACCGCGACCUAAUGGCAGUGUUCUCGAGCAGGAGAUCCAGCGGCAGAUUGUCGCUUUCCGUGACAGCCGACCGUCCAAAGCCCAUUCGGUUCGGGACGUGUUCGGCAGCACAGCGACGGAGCUGCGGCCAGGGACUUGGAGACAGGANUGAGGAGGAGAGGGAUGCCCGUUUGGACCGAGAGGAGGAGGAGCGGCUGAGGAGUUUGCCACAGUGGGUGGGUCGGUUCACGUAUCUCGACGAGCAGCGUCAACAGAGGGACUUGGAGACAGGAGCGGGGGGGAGCCGUGACGUCGACGACUCGGGUGUCCCUGAGGAGGCGGUUCAGGGGGAGUUCGAUUAUGAGGGGCAGGAUGCCGCCGCGGGUGGUGGGUCAGGUGGUGGACGACGCGGCGACGAGGAGACCGCUGGUGUCCCUAAGGGGCAGGAUGUUGUCAUGGGCGGUAGAGGAGAGGGUGGACCCGGUGGAGACGAUGGACCGGACGACGACGAUGACGGUGGAGACGAUGGACCGGAUGACGACGAUGACGACGACCACGGUCCCGAGAACGAUCCGUAUAGGCUCGCCUUGGUGUUGAGGGAUCCCACAGUGCCUCCGUUGCGCCCUGCCGAUACAGUGCACACAUUCUUCGACGCCGACGCUUUGGCGCAUGCGUUGACGGAUGACCGUUUCGCACACAUGAGCCGCAAGAUCGGCAAGGAGCGGGCCCCUGGGAGGGUAUAUUCACCGCCGUCGUUCACAGUGCAGAGCCCUCACUGGUCGGGUUCGUCGCUCAGCAGCGUUAGAGGGAGGGAGUCCGGUGCGGGUGAGGUGGGGUCCGGCAGACGCAGCGACGGUGGCAGAGAUAGUGCAAGAUCGAUGCCUCCACCACCCGCACGGACUCCGGAGGCCAGGGUCGACACCAAGGACCAGACGGAGGCACCCGCAGUUGCGCACAGUGGCGGUUCCCCGCCACCAGUCCGAGGAGGUGUGGGUGGCAGAUGGUCAGCAGUUCGUCGGGUCGGGGACUGGUUGAGGGCGGAUUAUGACGCCGGGAGGGGCGUCUUCACGGGACGUACGCCUGUUCAGACGCAGGCUGCGGAGGGUGGGUCCGAACGUCCGAGCCUGCAGAUGGCAGGCCGCAUGCUUGGUUUGUCACGAGCAAAGACGAGGAGGACAUUGGUCCUCGAGGCCGCAGGGACAUCCACGGACAGGCUGCGGGGAGAGCAUUUCACAUCGGGCGAGGAGGGGUUGUCGAUGCGUCCCGGGACGAGACGACAGCAUGGCCUCUCGGAGGUUGAGGCUCGACUCACUGCAGGGGUCGCCGCUGGGCAGGCAGCAUUGGACGCGAUUCAGAGGGAGAGAGAGAGGGGGAUUGCUGCACAGGCGGAGGAGGACGAGGACGCAGACACUGAGUCCGAGCCGAUCGAGACUGCGGCACGCAGACACAGGGCACAGGUGGCCGCGGCGGCCGCUGCGGCACAUGCGGCAUACGACAGCGGGGCACGGGGCACAGGUACCGGAGGGAGAGGAGGGCGUCGGGGAGGACCGCAUGGCCGCACGUCCUCCGGGAGAGGCCGCGCGCGCUCUGGUGGGAGUUGACGACGUCCGUGGUGUUUUUUGCUACUCGGUUGUACAGUAGAGACGACGUCCGUCGACGGGUCCAGUUUUUUUUUUCUACUCUAUUGUGUAGCAGAGACGAUGGGUCCAAUUUUUUUUUCCUACUCGGUUGUACAUUAGGGUUUUCAUUUUUUUCUUUCGUACUUGGUUUUCAUUAGAGACGAUGUGGACAUUAGGGUUUUCUUUUUUUUUUUUUGCUCCUCGGUUGUACAGUAGAGACGACGCCUGUCGACGGGUCCAGUUUUUUUUUGCUACUCUGUUGUGUAGCAGAGACGAUGGGUCCAGUUUUUUUUUGCUACUCUGUUGUGUAGCAGAGACGAUGGGUCCAGUUUUUUUUUGCUACUCGGUUGUGCAAUAGAAACUACGGGUCCAGUUUUUGGCUUCAGCCUUGUACAUACGCAUUUCCAUUUAAAUACUUUGUCAUAUAUUUGCUCUUGUUCUUGUUCCUCCGCCAACAUUGGUCUUGCAUCUGAGUCGCUGUUGUCUGGUGAUUGUUUUCUGCUUUGUUGUCGUGAUUGUUGCAAAUUAUGUGCUUCUCCGAUGCCACGCACGUGCAUGUCAUGGUUGCCUCCAUUAUGAAUGUGCUGUUAAUUUCAGAUGCGACAUAGGGAUGACGUGCUAAUGAAUGUGUUCUUACAUAAAUGAUGUGCUAAUGAAUGUCCAUUAGUCUC